GAUAUAAAAUGAAUAGCAAACAUGAUUACCUUUGGAAAGGAAUUGCACUCAGAGUCGUAUCUCUUAUUUCAUCUACAGAAAGAAAAACUAAAAUGCGGAUACCACCUUACAAAAAAUGUUACCAUAUUCCUACAUUUAAGCACCGGACUCAGCACCGCUCUUACAUAAAAUUGCUACUGCACUCAUGGCUAAAAACAAUUUUCGCCAAUCACGUACUGACAAUCAGCAUAGUAAUUGGUUUAAUUUAUCCACAAUAUGCCUACAGUGUAGAUCCUCAGUUUGAUCCAUCUACACUGAUGCGACUUGUACUUAUUCCAUCCGAUGCACAGAUCGGAUCUGUAAUCUAUAGAUUGCGUGCGACUCAUGAGGAGUUCGACUAUCCAUUAAUCUUUGAGUUAAUGGGUGAUGCAUCUUUGUCUGUAGUAAAAGUUGUUUCUCUUCCAUGCACAAAGUACAAUUCUGUUUGUCAAGCGAACGUGGUUCUACAACGACGGCUGGAGGUAGGCCGCUUUUAUGACUUCCAAGUUACAGUGAAGGAUGCUAAAGGAGGCAUGGCAGCCCAAAUGUGUUCCAUUACAGCAACCAAUUAUACAACACCCCAUGAUGUGAUAUUUCCUCACAAGCCGGGUAUUAUUAUGAUAGCAGAAGAUGCAAAACGAGGAACUGAUUUGGCUUAUGUGGUUGCACGGAAAAAUCCACUUUUUCAAAAACCGGUGUACCUUGAAUUAUGGGGUUCACCCCUUUUCGCCAUAAGACAAAAAAUUGUGGCAUCUGAAUCAACAGAAGGAACAGUUUUCCUCUUGGGUCCAUUAGAUUUCGAAAAGCAAGCAAUGUACCACCUGACAAUACUGGCCAACGAUGCCUACGCUGAGCCUGGGCAAGAUACUCGUAACAUAGCAGGUAUGGAUAUAGUUGUUAUUGUACAGGAUGUACAAGAUCAAGCGCCCAUUUUCACAGUGGCUCCACCUGUAACAAAAUUAUUUUCUGGUAUUCUCCCUGGGGAUAAGAUUUUACAAGUUCAUGCAGAAGACGGCGACAAAGGUAAUCCUCGAGAUGUGCGAUAUGGAUUAGUUUCUGAAGGCAACCCAUUUACUUCAUUUUUUUACAUUAACGAUACCAGCGGUGAAAUUUUUCUAAUGCGUCCCAUAGAUGAAAUCGCAUCAAUUAUACAUGCAGGUGAUCCUGUUCUACUAUCUGUAAUUGCGGAAGAAGUUAAGGUUGACCCUAAAGAGCCAUCAUCAAUGGCAACUACAGUUCAAUUAGCAUUGUUUCUGCCUGAUCGUACUAACUCACCACCUUAUUUUGAAAAUGAUCACUACAUUUCUCGAAUAGACGAAAAUGCACCACAAGGUACCACUUUAACGUUCCUUGAUCCGUAUGUGCCUCGAGCUUAUGACGAUGAUACUGGGAAAAAUGGUGUGUUCUCAUUGACUUUACUAAAUAAUAAUGGAACUUUCGAGAUUGCACCCAAUGUUGCUGAGCGUAGUGCAUCGUUUCUUAUUCGGGUGCGAGACAACGUAAUGUUGGAUUACGAGAAAACACAUUCAGUCCAAUUUAAAAUAUUCGCUCAAGAGCUGGGUCCUACUACCAACCUCUCAGCGACCGUUAACGUUACCGUCUUUAUUAAUGAUGUUAAUGACAAUUCGCCAGUUUUUGAUGAACAGGCCUAUAUAACUCAUCUUCCCGAGAACAUGACUCUUGGGACAAAAGUAGUUCUGGUACAUGCUAAUGACUUGGAUUCCGAAAAAUGGGGCGAAAUUCGCUACACAGGUAUACUAGGAUAUCUAAACACUUCUCUGACUUUAAAUGCAGAAACUGGAUUAAUAACAGUUUCAACAAAUAAUCACGGCUUUGAUCGCGAGGUCAUGCCCGAGUAUCACCUAUACGUGGAGGCACGCGAUAUGAGUGGCGAAGGAAAUCGCGCACAGAUACCGCUUAUAAUAAAAAUCAUAGACGUAAAUGAUGAGAGUCCUGUAUUUGAAUAUGACCUCUAUGAGUUUUUACUAGCUACUGACCAUAAAGGAUUCAUAACUACUGCCUACAUUCACGCUGCCGAUAAGGACGCAACGGCUCCUAACAAUGAAGUUCGUUACGAAUUGAUUAAUGGAAACUACGAAAGCAUGUUCGCAUUGGAUAAUGUAACAGGAGAGCUUACUCUUCGGGAGAAAGUUAAUUUGCGAAGAAUUGAGGAGCGUAAUAGGCAAACACAUGAAAGCACUGCGACUUCCUCAUCGGAGAACACCGAUACAAUAAUAUUAUCCGCGCGAGCUUAUGAUUUGGGCGUACCAGUACAAUCUUCUACAACAAAAAUUCAUAUCUAUCCCCAGGAGCGCUUGGAAAGGACUAUAACUUUUGUGAUACCUGGUCAUAAUAUAAAUAAGGAGAAAACAGAGGAAACACUUUCGGCUAUAACUGGUGGCAGAGUCAUCAUCCAUAAUAUUCAUCCCAUGCGACCCAAUGAGCCUGGAGUAAAAGACAUUUCCAACCAUAAUCCAGACAUCAGAGAGCGCAGCCUGGUCACUGCUACUGUAAUGUACGAGAAAACAUCUGUCGUUGACAUUUCUCAAAUACAGCAGCGUCUCUCACAAUAUAAUAACUCGUAUGCGAUUGUACCGCAAGACACUUUACAAAUUGAGACACAAUAUCAUGCAGAGAGCAAAAUAUUGUUUUGGCUGCUGCUGCUUCUUGCAACAGUUGUGGCGCUUACCAUCCUUGUCACAUUGCUUUGCUGCAUUUGCUCCUGGUGUCCAUUGAACUGUGAGAGAAUGUAAGUAGAGAGAAUCAAAGGGUUGGUUAUUUUACCCCCUAUACUAUACUUGUACUCAAAC